GAACGGAGUGUUAUAAAAGAGUAGUGUUAUAAAAGUGCGAUCAUCAUAACCGUGUCUUUGUAGAAAUUAUUAGACGAAAUAAAGCAGAAGGUAAGUGUGGUGUUAGCUGAGGUUCAUUGAGUAAUUUUUAAAAUUAAUUUAUUUUAACCCUAAGGAGCUAUAAUGAGCCGGAAAACUAAAAUUACAAGCAUAAACGAAAAUCCAAGUUACCCGAGUGACACCGAUGACUCUGACAUCAUUCCUGUUAGGAAGAGCAAGAAGCGUAUAUUCAGUAGCUCGGAGAGUGAUAACGAUUUUUCGACACACGAUAAUUCAUCUGCAGAGGACUUGCUCAGAAAACCCGAAGAAAAUAUCGAUAAUUUUGAAGCUGAAUGCAAUUUUCCUAAUUGGAGCAAACCGAUUCAUUAUUUUGACCUCUUUUUUGAUUCAGAACUAUUGUCACUAAUGGUUACCGAGACUAAUAAUUACGCGGAAUAUUCGAGGAGUUUUCUUGAACCAUCAGAUUUGUCUAAACUACCGAAAUGGACACCAGUUACUGAACUGGAGUUGAAAGCAUUCAUAGCAAUGAUUCUAGAAAUGGGCAUUACAAGAAGACCCAGUAUAACUUCAUAUUGGAGCAAAAAUUCACGGCAGAUACCAUGGUUCAAGAAAAUGUUUUCAAGAAAUAGGUUUCAAGAAAUUUUAAAGUAUUUUCAUUUGGUAGAUAGUUCUUUGUGUUUUCCACCUAGUCAUCCUAAUUACGAUCCCUGUGUGAGAUUUGAACCCCUUGUUAAACACGCUAACAGAGUUUUUAAACUAAUUUCAACUAAAUGUGAAGAAAAAAAUGUGACGAUAACAAAGAAAAAACACGGUAGAGAAUGGCAUUCAACAAAACCUGCUAUCAUUCACUCGUAUAAUACCUUCAUGGGAGGUGUAGACGAAUCUGAUAAAAUGUUAUACACAUAUCUUGAUGAACGUAGAACCGUAAAAUAUUGGAAAAAGGUUGCUUUCAAUAUCAUGAAUCGCAUGGUUUUGAAUGCUUAUAUUAUUUAUAAAAAAAAUGCGAAUAAUAGAGCAAUGACCCGGUUAGAUUUUAUUUCGCGAAUUAUUUUUUAUAUUGGGCGUGAAUGGAUGAAAGAGAAGAGGGUACGAGUUUUUCAACGUGAUUUUUUAGACGAAAAUAGGCUACGUUUAGUAAAGUUGCCACAACGCAACUUACGGAAUUGCGUAGUGUGUAGCACUAAAAAUAAGAGAAAAAGAUCGCAUCUGAUUUGUGUACAAUGUGAAAAGGGAGUUCAUCCAACCUGUUAUCAUAAACAUCAAUGUUUUACAUAG